UCCUCCCAUUUGAACUUUGGAAACUCUCUGCCGUGGUAAAGCCUUCCCAACAUGUGUAGUCACACUUUCUGUUCUGUUCUGUCCUGCGUCUGCCUCUGAAGCUGAGCACUUCAGACUCAGUAUUACAGGAGCGAUGCUGCUGUUGUGGAUAGCGUUAUCUCUCACAUGGCCAGGCACAUUCGGCUUCACAAUCCACAACAUUAAGGAAGAUCUGUGUCUAGAGGACUCGACUGAAGGAGGAGUCGAGUUGAAGACAUGCAGUCUGGACUCGGUCCUGCAGCAGUGGAUGUGGACCGAUCACUGGUUCCUAGUAAACACAGGCACCCAGAGGUGUCUCUCUGCCAUCCACAGCAACCGCGUCCAGACUACCACUUGUGAUUCUGGUGAACAUAUCAAAUGGCAGUGCAAAGCUCAACAGAUCAUCAGCAUGAAAAACGCCCUGGCAUUGAGUUCAGAGAGAGGAAAGCUCAGACUCAACAGAGGUGAACACAACAUCUGGAAAUCUCUGGAUGCGGCUGAUAUCUGCCAGAACAAACAGAGAUCCAGAAGAGACAGUGAUUUAGAGGCCGACGAGUUUGACUUUGCUGAAGGGCCGCCUGCACAGGCAAUGUCAGAGGCACAGAUGAAGAUUUUACAGUGGUAUUACCGCACAGAGGACCCAACAUCGUGGAAGUUUGGUAUGCUGGCAUUCGCUUUUCUGGGUCUUCUGAUUGGCGCUAUGCUGUUGGUCAUGGGCAUGAUGGCUAAUAGGAACAGGAAGCAAAUAGCCAAGUACAAAGCAGCCACAAAAGUCACAGGGGUGAACCCUGAAACGGAGCAGCUGCAGGUCAUCGUCACACAGGUCAAAGAGGAGAAAACCCUUUCCAUCCCAUCCGAACACAUCACAACACACAACAGCCAUAGAGAUUGGGAAGAGCCUUCAACUUACAGCAAAGAGGAACUGAAGCCUGGAGAGAUUGUGGUGACCUGGAAGGACGGGAAUGUGUCUACUUUGUAUCCUGAACCGGUGUCGGAGGGGGAAGGUGAAGAGGACGUCCACAGCACAGAUGUGGAGAUUGAGUCCCAAAACUCCCCCCAUGUAAUAGCUUCAUCUGAGGCUAUUGCGUUUUAAUAUAGUCCUACUGUUUGUAUAUUACUCUUGGUUUUCCUAGUCCAAAAAUAUAUGCUUAUAGCCUUGGGUCAACCAAUCAGUUUGAAUAUAUUCACACAUAUAUUCAAGUUGUACUGCAUUAGAAUUGGUUAUGAGCUGAAACUUGCUGAUUUUUUCCAAACCAUUAUAAUGUACCAUAUAAACUUCUAUUAUAUGAAUUAAAGG